AUGUCGUUCCGCCGCGCCUUGGCGCUGGCUGCCUGCGGGCUGGCCGGCGGCUCCGUCCUCUUCUCCGCCGUUGCCGUGGGCAAGCAGCCGGCCCGCGGCGGCGACGCCGAGCCGCGGCCGGGGGGCUCUGCCGCCGCCGUUCCCCCCGCUUCUGCGCCGCCGGGUUUACUGCUGUUGCCGCCCGCCGCCGCCGCCUCCUGCCCGCCGGCUCCCGGCUGGAUCGAGAGACCUGCCGGUACCGGCGGCUACUGGGACAGCAACUGGGACAGACGUGAACCACUGGCUCUUAUCAACCUCAAAAAGAAAAAUCAAGAAACUGGGGAAGAAGAACUUGCCUCACGCUUGGAUCACUGCAAAGCCAAAGCCACCAGGCACAUAUUCCUUAUCCGUCAUUCUCAAUAUAAUUUGGAUGGCCGGGCAGAUAAAGACAGAACUCUGACUCCACUUGGUCGAGAGCAGGCUGAACUGACUGGACACAGGCUGGCAAGCUUGGGAUUAAAAUUUGAUCAGAUUAUCCACUCCUCCAUGACUAGAGCAACUGAAACAACUGAAAUUAUAAGCAAACAUCUGCCAGGAGUCAAAAAAAUUAGUACUGAUCUGCUGAGAGAGGGAGCACCUAUAGAACCAGACCCUCCAGUCUCUCACUGGAAACCAGAAGCUGUGCAGUAUUACGAAGAUGGAGCUCGAAUUGAGGCUGCUUUUCGAAACUUCAUUCAUAGAGCUGAUGCAAAGCAGGAAGAAGACAGCUACGAGAUCUUUGUCUGCCAUGCCAAUGUGAUCCGCUAUAUUGUGUGCAGAGCAUUGCAGUUCCCCCCAGAAGGCUGGCUGCGAAUGUCUCUUAACAACGGCAGCAUAACUCACUUGGUGAUACGGCCGAACGGAAGAGUGGCGCUUCGAACGCUGGGUGACACAGGUUUCAUGCCUCCAGAUAAAAUCACGCGCACCUGAAUGAGCAAAACUGAUGGCUGUCCAGCAGCUGCCUCUAGUCUUUUUGCACUAGUACAUUCAGCUACGGUACCACUAGAUUUUUUUUUUUUUUUUAAAUCUGUUAUGUUGGGGUGUGAUGCUGUCUUAAAAUGUCCUUUAGCCCCUUGCCUCCUUCAUACAUAUUCAUAUCUGCCUUUCAGUCCAGAAAAGAAGAACUGUUUGUAAGCCUGAAGCUGUCCAGUCCUCAAGUAUUCCCCAAAACUCAAAGCUGAGCUGUGGAAUACAAAGAGAUCGAAUGUCUGUGUGCUCAGCAGUUGCGAGAGCACUGCCUUUCCCCACACCCUGCCAUCAAUUUCUAUAACCAAAGCUUGCUCCCGUGGAUAUUUUUCUUGUGCAGGAAAGCAAUUGGUGUGGGAACUGGAAGGAACAGCCUUGUAUCACACUGCACCUAAAACUGAAGACGAGCCAGCUUGUUUCAACUCCUGCAGAAGUGACAACCAGGGUAUUCUGCUGUUCAAAGGACAAAGGGAUAAGGCUUCAGUUUUUGUAAGCUGUCGAGGAUGUAUGUUUAUGUUGUGUCAUUGUUCCCCUCUGCCCCCAAAAAAAGCUCAUGUAAACUGUGCCUGGAGGUUGUAAGCAUAAAGCAAAAAGAGGGUAAAAAAACCAUUUGCCUCAGAGCUGUGGUGCUAGAAUUAACUGCUGCUUAUACUAAGCGUUCCUCCAUCCUCAGGAAGUACUUUAAGCUAUUCUGAACAAUGUUUUUCAGUCUCAUAAAGCCUUUAACUAGAACUUGGUCUGUAGCAGGAUGUAGGGAUGAGUUUGUAGCAGUAAGAUGGAAGGAAAGGAAAGCAGCAAUCCUCUGAAGGUGCUUCCAGUUACUGAAUCUUACAUUUUUGAGUGCUUUCUCCCAUUGAGUUGUAUUUGUCAAUACCUUGCUUUCAGACUAGAGAAAUACCACCACCGAGUUCAAGGUAGCGAUACUUCAGGUCAGAGGUUCUGCAGCAUUGGAGCAAACUGCUGCUUCAAACUACUGCUGCCUGAAUGGUGAAAAAGUAUCAUCUGGGGGGUGGCUUUUCUAGGCCAUGUGUGCGGUACAGACGGCAGGCAGAAUGCUUCAAAAGCGGCUCCUUUGUACAGCUUUGACACUGCUGGACUUGCUCUAGGAAAAAUGCAGGUGGCCAAGAACUAGGUUUCGUUUUUGAGGGGGGGGCUCAGAAGCAUUUCAGCUUAAGGCUGGUUGUUUGCUAGGCACCUGAACCAGUGUAGUAACUUGGCUCACUUAAUACCUGGAAUGCUGAAGAAUUUCACCAUAUGCAUAGUCUGCCUUGGUGACAGAGCACAUACCGUAGGACAGCAGACUUGUUGGUGGACAGGUUCUCUUAUCGCCAAGGAUGUUGAUGAGACCCUAAUAAACUGAGCUGUAUGAAGCAUAAUCAUGGCACACAACCUAGCGAGACAAGGUUUAAUGGCUUGUUUGAUACACAACUGCUACAUCAGGAUGAUUUCAAGGAAACGGGGGGUAGUAGGGAACAAAACAUGAGUGUUGUAGUGCAAGAGGCCACUGUCAUGACGUAUCUCUCAUUGAUGCAAUGAGAAUAAUUUAUCAGUUUUUGUCUAUAACUUUUUAAAAGUUUUGAACAAAAUAACUGGUCUGUCUUUC